AUGACAACACGUAACAAUACUAAUAACUUGUUAGACGUUGAUGGAAGUCACCAACUAAAUGCACAGAGGCCAGCAGCUCCUCCCAAAUGGCCGGCACCAACAUUCUUCAUGGGUCCUGAAGUGAACCUUAAUUACUACCGACCCUUGCAUCUAGCUGCAAAAGAAGGCUACUGGGUUACUGCUAAAAGUAUCAUCGACAAUCAUGGUGCUGCAUUGACAGAGGUAAUCUCACUCCAAGGAAUGACGGCAGUUCAUGUGGCGGCCAGCAGCUCCCAGUCCGAAUUUGUGGAGAAGCUGGCAGACCUAAUGCCGACUGCUGCACUCAAUGCACAAGACAAAAGGGGUUGCACCGCACUUCACUAUGCAGCUGUGGGGGGAACUGUAGAUGCUGCCACAACCCCGUUUUUCUUUGCUGCUAACUGGGGUGCACGUAAGGAAAUAUUAUGGUACCUUUCUACGUUGACUACAGAUGAGCAUCCGCGCUAUGCCUUUACUGGUCCUUGUUCAAGUUCGCUAAUUUUGGGUAUUGCAGCUGCAGACAUUACAUUGGAUCUUCUUCACGGGUAUUCGCAUUUGGCUACUGCAAGAGAUGAAACAGAGACAACAAUAUUGCAUGUGCUUUCCGGGCACCCUCAUUCAUUCCCAAGUGGAAGUAGACAUAGCUUUUGGGAGAGAUUCAUUUAUUCACAGCCAAGAUUGAAGCAUGUGUAUGGUCGAAAGCUGGUACACAAACAGUGUUUUGAACUAAUAGAAUUUGUUUGCAAACAAGCUGUAUUAUUAGAUAAUGAGCAAACUCUAUACUUCUUCUUGGAUGGCGGAAUUCUACAUGUUGCCACGGUGAGAGGAGUAGUCGAAAUUGUAGAAGCAACUUUGAACUAUGUAUCAGAUCUACUUUGGUACAAAUACAGUAACCAUACUCUAUUGCAAGUAGCUAUCAAGCAUCGUCGAGAGAAGUUAUUCAAUCUUCUGAUCGAUGAGACGGCACGGAAUACAUUUUUAGCUUCUGGAUUAGAUAAUGACUCAAACAAUACAUUGCAUAUGGCAGCCAAAUUGGCACCAUCUCCUCAACUCAAUGCUGUUAUGGGUCCUGCUUUUCAAAUGCAGAGAGAAUUACAGUGGUUUAAGGAGGUGGAAAAAAUGGUGAACGAUAAAUAUAAGUGGCAAAUGAACUCACAAGGAAAAACACCAAGGGAAUUGUUCACAGAAACUCACAAAGAUUUGCUCGAAAUGAGCGAACAAUGGAUGAAGGAUACAUCAAACUCAUGCAUGAAUAAAAAAUUUGUGGUUUUUGUCGUAGCAGAGUCUUUGGCUCUAUUUUCCUCCAUUUCUUCCCUCCUUUUAUUCUUAUCUAUCCUAACUGCGAGAUGUGCAGGAAAAGAUUUUCUCGAGUUAAUGCUUAGGAGAUAUGCACUUGGUUUUGCUUCACUAUUUGUAGCCAUAGCCUCUAUGAUGACAGCAUUUGGUGCAGCAUUUACGAUUGUUGUUGAUGAAACAUAUGACUGGGUUUUCAUCCUAAUGAUGGUAUCGGCUUGCAUUCCAGUUUUCUUGUUUACAAUAUUGGAGCUUCCUUUGUUUCGGAAUAUAGCCCUAUCCACCUAUGGUCCCGGCAUGUUUAUAAGUAAACUUAAAAGCCGACCAUCCAUGACUAACAAAUACAGAUGA